AUGUCGGUCAAUCUGUGUCUCACCUCUUCUUGCUCCUGGGUGUCGCAGAACCUUGGCGAGUCAACACCAUUGAGACCCAUUACCAUGUCGCUGCCCACGUUGUAUGCGCCCGCUGAGCAGGGUUUUACCGAGCAGAUCCGUAUGCUCUUUGCCGAGACUGGUGUCAAGUAUGACGAUAUCAUUUCGGACGCAGCGGCGAUGGACAAGAAGGGCGAGUUAAACUUUCACAAGCUGCCUAAGCUAGUUUGGACGGAUGGCUUUGCCCUCUGCGAAUCGGCGGCCAUCAUGGAGCACAUUGCCGUGCAAGCUGAUGCUGCCAAGGCCGGGCGUGGCAACUCGUACCUGGGAGGCAAUGAGAUGGAGCGCUCCAUGGCCCGGGCAUUGUGCCAGGCGUCCAACGACCUGCGUCGCGAGUUGUACGAAAUGUACCUCAAGCCGGGUCCCCUUCAAGACCAGGACAAAUUUGUUUCCACCACGCUGCCUCACUGGCUGCAGCAUCUUAACAAGUUGGCGGUGGAGACGGAGAGCAACGACCACGGUUUGGGACCCGGCGUGCACUACACGUUUGGUGAUGUGGCCAUGUUUGAUGCUCUGACACAGUUGCGCCAAGCUUUUGGCGAGGACGUGCUGAACGAGUACCGUGAGCUCAAAGCCUACUACGACAAGACUGGCAUUCUGCUUGACCUGAAAACGGCAGAGCCUCCAACUCCCGUCAAGAUGUCGGUUGAAUACGCCAUGAUGGCUCCUCAGGAGGCCGCUCGCCAGGACAAGCGCAUGAACUCGGCGCUUAACUUUACCCUUCUCAUCAUUGCCCUCAUCAUCUCCGUCGUCGCCGUCACUCUGGCCGGUGUCGCCACCAGCGAGAUUGAGAGCGCCAACGGCCGCAUCGACACCCUGUACAACCAGGCUGCCGUCACCACCUCCUCCACCACCCGCACCGUUGGUAUCAACUCGGCCGUCACUGGUCACCCCGUCUGCGCCGAUGACUUCGAGUCGUGCUUCGACCUGAUUGAUGCCACCACCCAGUUCAUCACCAACAACCUCACCCUUGACAACUACACCAAGCUCGGUACCUCCAAGGUCAUGACCGCCCUCUUUGACGCCGAGGGCACCCUCCUCAGCAAGUCCGAGGGCGCCGCCGACAUCUCUCUGCCCGAGUCCACCGACGACUGCUUCCUCGUCCGCCACAACACCUGCUACAUGCACCAGAACGGCAAGCUCGCCACCUUCACCGCCCUCGACCUCGUCAACUACGACGGUGCCCAGGCUCGCCGCCGCAGCUUCGCCUCUGGCUUCAGCGAGGGUGCCACGGAUGGCUCUGAGGGUGCUGCUUUCGGUGGCGCCAUGGGUGGUGCCGUCGGUACCAUCUGCCCCGGUGUUGGCACCGCCAUUGGUGGCGCCGUUGGCUCCCUGGUCGGCGGUACCAUCGGCUUUGCCGCUGGCUUCUACGAUGGCUAUUAAGCUGUCCGCCCGCUCGCAUCGGCUGGCUGAACCCAUCCUUGACCCAAUCCAUGAGGCGCGUGACCCCCUGUCAUGAUUCUUCAUACUGGCUGUUACGCACCUGUUCUGUGGCUUGAGCCCUGGUUUGCGGUUCCCUUUUGUGUUUAUUUUUGCAGCAUGACAACAUUCAUUUUCUUUGAUACUGGUGGUUGAUCCAAACCGGUUCAGACUGGCGUGACGUUGAGCUGUGACAACAGUCUUUUCGGCACGCUCGCCUGUAGAGUGUUGGGAUCUAUCCUCUCUUCCCUCUUGUUCCUUCCUUUUUUUUUCCUUUGCUGCCUGGAUACAAUUGAGCACUGUCAGC